CGUACUCCUUACCUCCUUUAAUACCAUCAGAACGACUCCCCCUUCAAUUCACUGGAUGGCGGCUCACGACUUCAAGAUCCUAAUAGCAGGCGGCAGCGUAGCGGGGUUGGUAUUAGCGAUUAUGCUAGAAAAGCUCGGCAUCGACUUUUUGGUUCUUGAGGGGCAUUCCAAAAUCGCACCGCAGGUAGGUGCGAGCAUUGGCUGGUUUCCCAACGCAUCGCGCAUUCUGGACCAACUCGGAUGCUACGAUGACCUCCGAGCAAAAAUCACUAUUCCCAUGGGCGAUAUGCUCCUAAGAACGCCCGAAGGAGGUGUUCUUUGUCACGUCAAUAAGCUCAGUGAACAUUUUAUUUUGAGACAUGGCUAUGAUCCUGUGUUUGUCGACCGCCAAAUGGCCCUAGAGAUCUUCUACAAUCACAUUAACGCCAAAUCCAAAGUCCUUCUCCACAAGCAGGUCGUAAAAGUAAACACCUUAGAGAAAGGUAUCGAAGUCGCGACGCAAGACGAUUCUAUUUACUCUGGCGACAUGCUUGUGGGCGCAAACGGCGUGCACAGCGCGGUGAGGCAAGAGAUGUGGCGGCUGGGCAAUGAGCUCUCUCCAGGGUACUUUGCAAAGUCCCCUGCCGACGACAUCAAAUGCGACUACCUCUGCGUGUUCGGCAUCUCCGGCCCAACAGAGAGCUACAUCACAGCAGCCAACUACAACGCCCUCGGCCACGGACGCAGCCACGUCGUCAUCGGUGGCCCCGAAGGCCGCAUCUACUGGUUCCUGUUCAUCAAGUGCGACCGCACACUGCACGGUCUUGGCAAAGAGAUCCCCCGCGUGUUUUCGAAGGAGGAAGAGAACGCUCUCGUGGAAAAGUUCAAAGACGAUCCCAUCACUAACCUCGUCAAGUUUGGCGACCUCUACAAGAACAAAAUCGCCUCAGUCCUGACCGCGCUUCUUGAAUUCGUGCAGGAGAAAUGGCAUUACGACAGGAUCUUCAUCCUUGGAGAUGCGGUACACAAGUUCAACCCCAUCUCCGGCCAAGGUGGCGCCAACGCGAUCGAAACAGCUGCAGUACUUGUGACGCAACUCAUGACCACUCUUACCCAACAUCCUACUCCCACGACCGCCGACCUCUCCGCUGCAUUCCAAACCACGCAAUCCCUCCGCCUCGCCCGCGUCCAGGACCUCGUCAGAGCAGCACACGCCGAGCAAAGCCUCUCAGCGCUCGAAACGCCCCUUCUCAAGCUCAUGGCCCGGCUCUACGUGCCCCUGCUCGGCGUGGAAGGUGCGCUAGGCAAGUUCUCAGACGCGUUCGUCGGCGGCGCCAGCUUGCCUAUGCUGCUUGUGCCGAAGAGGCCGCGGUUUGAGCCUUACUUGGAUGAAUUGCCUGCGAGGCCGUUGCAGUGGAAGGAAGUGAGUGCGUCAGUUGCGGGGGUUGUGUUUGCGAGGCUGGUGGUUGUUGCGAGGACGGAGAUGGGUGGUGUAGAAAGGGGGUUACUGGCAGGUUUGGGAAAUUUGUCUACGGAUGCGACGGAGGUGUAUAGGCAUACGGCUCUUCUUCCUUCGAUCCUGAUCUGGACGAUCGAGGCCUACCGCGCUGCUAAUGUGGCUGGCCCUAUCUCUUUGUAA